UCAUUUCUCAUACUCCCCUCAUACAGAGUGGUGUUGCAAUAUAAAGAAAAUAUAAAAUUUUUUAUAUAGAUAAAGCCUCAAGAAAGAAAAUUUCAAUAAAAAUUCUCUAAAGAAAGAAAAAAUAGAGAAAAGAAAAGAACUUAUUUGUGAAAAAUCUCUAAAUUAAUAAAAGUGAAGAAGAAUAAAAGAAUACAAUAAAUUGAAGAAAAUAUUCCUCUCCAUAAAAAAAAAUAUAUAUUCUCUAAGUGGCCUUUUUGUAUAAUAAAGCAAAAUAUAUAAAAUAUUACAAAAAAAAAGCAGAAGUCAAAAAAAAAAAUAUUAAAAACGACGACGUUAAAAAGAACAAAAAGUUAGAGCGAGAACAAUAAAUCACCACCGUCGAACAAAAAAGCCAAAACGAGAAAGAGACCAUUUUGAAAAAAAUACAAGAGUUUUUUUCUUUUUGUUCCUCUUCUAUCUUUUUUUCGACAAAAAGAGACAGACACUGUGUGUGUGUGUGCGUGCGUGCGUUUUUUCUUAAAGACGACGACGACUCUCAAAAAACUUGCUAACUGCUGUGAGAAAUUAAGUAAACAAUAUGGCGUGUGCUACUUUAAAACGCUCCCUCGACUGGGAAUCGAUUAACCAACGUCCAACAAAACGGCGUCGUUGCAAUCCCUUUGGACAAUCUACCUCGUCAAUGAUCGGUGGUCAGGGGGGAGGGCGUUCCUCUGCUCACAGCUCACCAAGUUCCUCGUCAGCUGCUGCCGCAGCUGGCUUGACUGUCGGUGGUGGCAUGAGCUCCGGCUUGAGUGGUGGAAUGCAACAACGUUGUCCAUGUGGACGUCUCAAUACCGUAAGUGCUUCCACUAGAAAUCUAUCUAUUGACAAUGCAGAUUCACUGCUGCCUGAAAGUCCAUUUGCUGGCAAAAUGUCCACCGACAAAAUGGCCCAAAAUAUACGCGAUGAAAUUAAGCGUUUAAGUCGUCGCAAACAGCUGACGUAUGCUUCAGCUGAACGCAUGCAAGACUCGGAAUCUUCGGGUUCGGAAAUGGGCCCGGAGAGUCCACGUCGUCGGUCUGAUAGUCCAACACAUGGCAAUUUGGCGGCGCAUCCGGAAAAGGCUUUGUUCACAUUCAAACAGGUGCAAAUGAUUUGUGAGAGGAUGCUGAAGGAGCGUGAGGAUGAACUCAGGGAGAAGUAUGAUGCAAUUUUGACUACUAAGCUCGCCGAGCAAUAUGACGCCUUUGUCAAAUUUACAUACGAUCAGAUACAGCGGCGUUAUGAAGCAGCUCCAAGUUAUCUAUCGUAAUCGGACCUCAUGGCGUACUGCAGCACUAGUCCCUUCAAAUACUAAAAGAAAAAUACAAAAAUAAAAAAAUAAUACCGCAACAAAUUUGACUCAAGGAAAAACUUAGAAGAAGAAGUAGAAGUGGUGGAAUGAUUUCCAGCAGCAGAAUAAAUUCUCGCAGUCACGUCGCAGCAUAUAAUAUUAAAAAUAAUAAUAAACACAUAACAUAUAUAUAUAUAUAUAUAAAUAUAUUUAUAUACAAGGAAAACAAACAACAAAAACUCAGUUCACAAAUUAUCUGAUACAGCAACAAACAAAAACAAAAAAAAACUACAAAAUCAAUUUUCCAUUUUUGCAGUUUCAUCUCAGUUCAACAAACCAACAAUUUUCUAUCUUUUCUUGAUUUAUUUCACUUUUCACACACACACACUGGACACUCCACUUGGGAGAAUGAGGAUUCGUUUCGUUUGCAGGAAGAGAUAAAUGAGGCGAAUCUUCACAAAAAUUGCGAAUUAGUGCUUCUUUACAUACGUCUUUUUUUUCUCUUUCUUUUUUUUAUAAUAUUAAAUUCUUAUUUUUUUCUUAUAUUUCAAAAUUUAAUUGAAUUGAUUCUUAAAAAAACAAAAAUAUAAACAAAACAAAAAAAAUAUUUAAAUUAUGAAAAAAAAAAAAACAAGAAUAUUGCAUUAAAUAUUGAUUUUGUUUUGAAAUUGUUUUCAAUUUAAUACAUUUUUUUUCUUAUUUUUUCUUGUAAUAACGUAAAACAUAAAUAAGAAAAUGUUUUAUAUAUUUUAUUUUAUAUAGUUAAUAGAAGGAUAACAAUAAUAAUAAUGAUGAUGAUAAUGAUGAGUAAAGGAGGAGGAGGAUGAGGAUUUAUUUUUACAACUUUUUUUUGUAGUUGUAUAUUGUAGUUUUUUUUUUUUCUUUUGUAUACGCUUAAUUGGCGUCUGGUUUAUAAACUAUUUUUUUUUAGUUUAUUUUUUUACUAUAUUCAAAUAUAUUUUGCCGAUUUUUAUUUUUAUUUUCAUUUUCUUCAUCCCUCACUACUCUCUCCCCCAAGACAACACUUAGAAUUAGAUUUAUUUUUUUUCUUGCUUUCUUUUUUUAUAAAUAUAAAAAAAAAAUACAAAAACAAAAAUUAAAUAUAAAACUAUGGAAUAUAUAAAAACAAAUA